AUGGACAAGAAGAUAUCCCCAGAAAUCCAGCAUGUCGACGAAUAUGGUCGCAAUGUUGUCUUGUCAUCUGAGACGGCGUCGGAGAAAGUGUGGAAUCCUUUGCUUAUUCUGUCUUGUGUUGCAUUUGGCUGCACGUCUAUCCUCUUCGGCUUCGAUGACAAGGUUAUCUCACCAGUUGCCGCCAUGGAGCAAUUUGUCGAAAAGUUCCAAGGUGGUGAUUCCAGCACAGGGGCCCUUGUCUUGACUGCCAGAAACCAAGAUCUUGUCUUUUGCCUGCCUUUAGUAGGAGCAAUUCUUGGUGCUAUAGCAGCAUCGCCCUUGACCUCACGAUUUGGCCGGAAGUGGGUUGUAGUGGGUGUUUACUCGCUCUCUUAUGCUGGCACUUUCUUACAAACCUUCGCACCGGUUCUGGGAGCAUUUGUUGUUGGCCGCUUCUUCAACGCCAUCAUGAUCGCAAUCGGGACGACAGUCUCAUUGCUAUAUCUCUCGGAAAUCGUCCCCGCCAAGUAUCGAGGCUUCGCAGUGACGUCCAGCAACAUUUUCAACCUGAUAGCCGGUGUGAUCGCGACCGUUGUCUGCAACGCCACAUAUACACGAUCCGGCAGCUCCUCUUUCCGGAUCCCUCUCGCAGCUCAAGCAAUCAUGCCCACCAUUCUGAUUCCACUGACCAUCUGCAUUCCGGAGUCUCCACUAUGGCUACUGGGCAAAGGUCGCGAAGAAGAAGCUCGUGCCAACCUGAGGAAGAUUCGUGCUUUUGGUGACAUACUGGUCGACGAUGAGCUCCGGGUUAUGAAGCUCGCCCUGCACGAAGAACGAGAACUCUCAUCUGGAGUUAAGGUAACUGACCUGUUCACCAGGGCCAACAUCAAACGUACUAUUGUUGCCGGAUCUAUGUACUCAGUCAACCAGGUUUCUGGGGUCAUUCUCUCGACAACCUACGCUACAGUUUUCCUUACAGCGCUCGGUGUCGGCAAUCCAUUCCAAUUGACGGUUGCCGCAUCAUGCUGUACUCUUGCAGGUACCUUGAUUGCACCACUGAUUGUUGAUCGAGUCGGCCGCCGAACCAUCGCAAUCGGGGGCUUGAGUGUGCUGUUGACCAUUGAUUUCAUUGCCGGUGGAUUGGCUUUCAAAGCACAUGAGUCGACCUAUGCCCUGGGUAUUGCUGCGCUGUCUUUCAUCUUCAACGCCUUCUGGGGCGCCUCGUUCUACUGCUUGUCUGUUACUCUUCCCACAGAAAUUCCUACCGCAAGACUCCGGAACAUGACGACUUCAUACGCUUUGGCGUGUGCCUACACAACCGCCGUUAUCACUACCUUCGCUGUUCCUCAACUUGUCUCUGCGGAUGCAGCCAAUCUCGGAGCGAAAACCUAUCUAGUUUUUGGCGGUUGUGUUGUCUGCAUCUUGAUCUUCUACUAUCUGUUCCUGCCCGAGACUGCCGGCCGAACGUUUGCGGAAAUUGACGAAAUGUAUGAGCACAACGUCCCAGUGCGCACGUGGAGGAAGUAUCAGACAUCAGCCGCUGCACGUCAAGCCGUCGUGGUGAAGACUUCAGUUGAUAUUGUCACCAAGGCUGACGAAAAGGAUGAGGCGGCAGAAAGCCGAUUGUAA